AUGAAACACCUCUUGCUGCUCACCUUGUCUGCUGUGCUCUGCUGCUGGGUCUCAGCUGACACUCGAUGUCACUCCUGCUACAAGGUGCCUGUGCUGGGCUGUGUGGAUCGACAGUCCUGCCGCCUGGAACCCGGCCACAAAUGCCUGACAACAAACGUGUACCUUGGGAAGAUGUGGGUUUUCUCUAACCUGCGCUGUGGCACACCAGAGGAGCCUUGUCGGGAGGUCUUCAAUGAAACCAACCACAAGCUAGGCCUGAGCUACAACACCACCUGCUGUGACAAGGACAACUGUAACAGCCCAGCUCCACGGCCCACACCUACACUGGCCCUCAUCUCCCUCACCUCCCUGGCUGGCCUUGGCCUCUGGCUAUUGCAUUGAGACUGGCUCGAUGGCCACACUCUUCCCACCUGCUCUAGCCUGAGCCUUUCUUCCCACGUCCUCAGAGCUCCGGCUUUCCAGAACGUUCUCUUCUCACCCCCGGCUCCUUAUCUUCUGAAGACCAUUUUCCUAGUCCUACACCAUUUUUUUUUAAUGGGACUGUGCCUAGAGUGGUCUUUCUAGCCACCGCUUCUGCUUCUCCAGUUGGCACCCUCCACUCCAUUUUUCCCCCCAGUCCUUUCCCAUUUCCUUCUAGAACACUCUACCUCCUCCACUGGCCACUGAUAGGGCCCCCUCCUUUGGACGCACACUGCUGUGCCUCUGGGAUCUAGGUCUGGAAGAACUCCUGUCUUGUUUCCAGGGAGCGAUGCCCAAAAGACCCACUGACCUCAUUGCCUGGGCCUGAUUCACCAGACCCUCCGCUCAUCCCCUAUCCUGAGAAAUAAAUGUCAGUGUCUAACAAAC